GGAGCGGUGUCGGUCGGGCAAACUGACUGGUGAUUGAACUCCAUGAAUACGAGGUUUUAGGAUUUGAACUCCCCAAUCCCCUGUCUACCAUGGACCAGGAUUAUGAGAGACGUCUCCUGCGCCAAAUCAACAUACAGAAUGAAAAUACGAUGCCUUGUGUAGCAGAGAUGAGAAGAACACUGACUCCUUCCAACUCUCCAAUGUCUUCUCCAAGUAAACAUGGAGACAGGUUUAUUCCCUCCAGAGCUGGGGCCAACUGGAGCAUUAACUUCCACAGGAUAAAUGAAAAUGAAAAGUCUCCAAGUCAAAACAGAAAAGCAAAGGAUGCUACCUCAGACAAUGGCAAAGAUGGCCUUGCAUACUCUGCCUUGCUGAAGAAUGAACUCUUGGGAGCAGGGAUUGAGAAGGUGCAGGAUCCUCAAACAGAGGACAGGAGGCUGCAACCAUCUACGCCAGAGAAGAAGAGCCUCUUCACAUAUUCCCUCAGUACCAAACGCUCCAGUCCAGAUGAUGGCAAUGAGGUCUCCCCGUAUUCCCUUUCACCUGUCAGCAACAAAAGCCAGAAAUUGCUAAGAUCGCCUCGAAAGCCAACAAGAAAAAUAUCCAAGAUUCCUUUCAAAGUGCUGGAUGCUCCAGAGCUGCAAGAUGACUUCUACCUGAACCUUGUGGACUGGUCAUCUCUCAAUGUACUCAGUGUUGGUCUUGGUACCUGUGUCUAUCUGUGGAGCGCUUGCACUAGCCAAGUGACCCGGUUGUGUGAUUUAUCUGUGGAAGGUGAUUCUGUAACGUCAGUGGGCUGGUCAGAACGGGGGAACUUAGUAGCAGUUGGAACUCACAAGGGCUUUGUACAGAUCUGGGAUGCAGCUGCAGGGAAGAAAUUAUCCAUGCUUGAGGGUCACACAGCCAGAGUUGGCGCCUUGGCAUGGAACGCAGACCAACUUUCUUCUGGGAGUCGGGACAGAAUGAUCCUUCAGAGAGACAUCCGGACCCCACCACUACAAUCUGAGCGGCGGCUUCAGGGCCACAGGCAGGAGGUGUGUGGGCUAAAGUGGUCUACAGACCACCAACUCCUGGCAUCCGGUGGAAAUGAUAACAAGCUCCUUGUCUGGAAUCACUCCAGCCUGAGUCCCGUUCAGCAGUACACGGAACACCUAGCAGCAGUGAAAGCUAUCGCAUGGUCUCCGCAUCAGCAUGGCCUGCUGGCCUCAGGUGGCGGGACAGCAGAUCGCUGCAUACGUUUCUGGAACACUUUAACUGGGCAGCCUUUACAGUGUAUUGAUACUGGGUCACAAGUGUGCAAUCUGGCCUGGUCCAAACAUGCCAAUGAAUUAGUGAGUACUCAUGGAUACUCGCAGAACCAGAUUCUCGUCUGGAAAUACCCCUCACUAACCCAAGUAGCAAAGCUAACGGGGCAUUCAUACAGAGUUUUAUACCUGGCAAUGUCUCCUGAUGGAGAAGCCAUAGUUACAGGAGCUGGAGAUGAAACCCUGAGAUUCUGGAAUGUUUUCAGCAAAACCCGCUCAACAAAGGAGUCUGUGUCUGUUCUGAACCUCUUCACCAGGAUACGGUAAACCCCACCCACUGCACACCAUGAGACCACAGUAUGAUAUACCGGGAGAAAACCACUAAGUUGGCGUGCAUGGAUCCCCAAACUAUCAACCAGAAGAGGGGGAGGGAAGUGUCACUGGGACUGAAGGAUGGACCUUCAAGAUACUUUAUUAAAUACAUGAUUGUGAACCAUAUUGGACAGUAUUUGGGAUUUGGACUGGGAGGGUAAUGGAACUGCCAAAGGCUUCACUUUUCAUCAAGGGGCAUGGGUACAAGAGGGAAAACUGAAGAAAAAAACCCCUUAAUCUUAUGUUGUACAUUGGGCAGAACUUGUAUGAUAUGGACCAUUAACUAAGACCAGACCAAGAGCAUCCCAACUGCUGCUUUGUUACAUAUGAUGGGAGAAGAGUUUCCUUGUUGCUUUGGAGGGAAUAGUUUUAAUAUGCUGCUGUGGGUGUCUCAUUCUGCAAUUUGAUCAACACCUUUGAAAGCAGGAGCUAGCCAGGCUUGAUCAGAUCUAAUUGGUGCAAAGGGACGCACCUUUGAGCUGGGCAGUGGCCUCUCAAAUAACAAGGCACUGUUCUAGCCUUGCAUCCAUUUUCCAAAUAAAAUGGAGAAAUGCUUAUUUGUUUCCCCUUAACACAGUGUUCUCCAUUUUUAAAAAGAUGCUGCAGUACUUGAUAUUUCCGUUCACUUAAGUCAGUUUAAUUUUCAGCACCUCUGAUGCCUGGCUAUAAAAAAUUUUUAAUUCUUGUCUCUCAAUUUUUAGAAGGGUUUUAAUGGCCCUCUCAUGUGUUGAAGGGAAAGAUUACUGCACAAUCAACAUUUUGUUGUUUUUU